AUGUUGCCAUUGCUGCUAAUUCUACCUGUCAUUAUGGCGGACUCAUUUUGGAUGACUGCCGAAUUGUUGAGAGUUGACUGGAGUGAGGGAUGUCUAACCACCGCCGGUUGUUCUCAUCCCAGAUUUGAGGCAAGUUUUGAGGAAAUACUUGGAGAUAUGCUCCCACUUACCGAAGAGAUCGCUAUCAGUUGGCCUAUUUCUGAGCAUUUCGUUCAGGAUACCUCGCGCUCAUUCGUAUCCCAUUGGGCAAAAGGUAAGCCGGAAGAUCUGAAGCUCAGGUGCCAGGUGCUUGGCACCGAUCCUCUUUAUGGUUUUCCGAGAGUCUGCGACCAUACCGCUUCAAUAAGCGCCUUUCCGGAUGGAAAUGACGAAUUAUUGGAAAGAAGGCGACGUCAGGCCACGACUACGAGUACAGCAUUACCAGAAGAGGAAUUGGGCAAGAGGUUGAUUGAAAUCCAGGCCAGGUGUUUUAACGCCACUGUGGCAGUGGAGAAGCACACGGAGAGAUGUCCGUGGUGCCCGGAUCCAGCGGAUGUGGCUCUAAUCGAACAGAGGUUGCCAGAAGAUCCGUCGUCUGCCUAUUCAACUUCAUUUUUCUCUCAGUUGAAAAGUGAUGACAAGAUCUUGCAUGCUUCCGUGUUGAUACUAGCAGGAAUCUCUAUUCUGACGUCAUUGGGUUUUGCUUUUGCACUUGUUGCUCUUCUUCGACAAAAAAGGUCUCAUCGCCAGCUCUCCGUUAAGCCACGCUAUCAACCAUACUCUCCUUCUAGUCGCAAAACUUCUGAAGAAGAGAAUAGAUACGAUAUGCCAUGGGAACAAACACUUCCGCUCACUUACUGCCUAUCCUCUUCAUCUAAAUCGACUACGACAUCACCGCUGGACUCGACGUCGUCAUUUGGUGCAUCGUCGGUUGAUCCAUACAGCUUCCGUCCCGGGUGCACCAUAGCGCAGACACAUCUUUACCAUCAUAUCUCCCCAAAUGCUUCCACAACAGCUGGACUUGACUCUGGACUGGGAUCAGUGUAA